GUAGCGCGGGUAGCCAAAUUGGCUCGUGGAGCGGAGCGGGUGGCUGAGGCGGGGAGGAGGGGCCCGAGUCGUGAGGGAAACCGCGAUGAGGGCCGUGCUGACGUGGAGAGAUAAAGUCGAGCAGUGUAUAUAUGACCUCGCCUUUAAGCCUGAUGGAACGCAACUGAUUUUGGCUGCAGGAAACAGAUUACUGGUUUAUGACACUUCUGAUGGCACCUUACUUCAGCCCCUCAAGGGACACAAAGACACUGUGUACUGUGUGGCAUAUGCGAAGGAUGGCAAGCGCUUUGCUUCUGGAUCAGCUGACAAAAGUGUUAUUAUUUGGACAUCAAAGCUGGAAGGCAUCUUGAAGUACACGCACAAUGAUUCUAUCCAGUGUGUGUCCUACAACCCUGUGACCCACCAGCUGGCAUCUUGUUCCUCCAGUGAUUUUGGGCUGUGGUCUCCGGAACAGAAGUCUGUCACCAAAUAUAAAUCAAGCAGCAAGAUCACCUGCUGCAGCUGGACGAAUGAUGGUCAGUACCUGGCUCUGGGGAUGUUCAAUGGGGUCAUCAGCAUACGGAACAAAAAUGGUGAGGAGAAAGUGAAGAUUGAGCGGCCGGGGGGCUCCCUCUCCCCGAUAUGGUCCAUCUGCUGGAACCCUUCCAGCCGUUGGGAGAGUUUCUGGAUGAACAGAGAGCACAAGGAUGCUGAGGAAGUCAUUGACAACAGAUAUUUUCAGGAAAUCCCUUCCACUCUGAAGUCAGCAGUGUACAGUAGUCAGGGUAGUGAGGCAGAGGAGGAAGAGCCCGAGGAAGAGGACGACAGUCUCAGGGACAACAACUCAGAGGAUCAUAAUGACAUCCUGGCUGUGGCUGACUGGGGACAGAAACUUUCCUUCUACCAACUGAGUGGAAAACAGAUUAUGAGGGAACGAUCACUGAACUUUGACCCCUGCUGCGUCAGCUACUUUACUAAAGGGGAGUACAUUUUGCUGGGGGGGUCAGACAAGCAAGUGUCCCUUUUCACCAAGGAUGGAGUGCGACUUGGGACUGUUGGGGAGCAGAACUCCUGGGUGUGGACAUGCAGAGUGAAACCCGACUCCAACUAUGUGGUGGUGGGCUGCCAGGACGGCACCAUCUCCUUCUACCAGCUCAUCUUCAGCACGGUUCACGGGCUCUACAAGGACCGCUAUGCCUAUAGGGAUAGCAUGACUGAUGUCAUCGUGCAGCACCUGAUCACAGAGCAAAAAGUUCGUAUCAAAUGUAAAGAGCUUGUCAAGAAAAUUGCCAUCUACAAAAAUCGAUUAGCUAUCCAGCUGCCGGAGAAAAUCCUCAUCUAUGAGCUAUAUUCCAGUGACUCGUCAGACAUGCAUUAUCGGGUGAAGGAGAAGAUGGUCAAGAAGUUUGAAUGCAACCUGUUGGUGGUGUGUUCCAAUCACAUCAUCCUCUGCCAGGAGAAACGCCUGCAGUGCCUGUCUUUCAGCGGAGUGAAGGAACGGGAGUGGCAGAUGGAGUCUCUCAUUCGGUACAUCAAAGUGAUCGGGGGGCCUCCUGGAAGGGAAGGUCUGUUAGUGGGCCUGAAGAAUGGACAGAUCUUGAAGAUCUUCGUGGACAAUCUCUUUGCCAUUGUCCUGCUGAAGCAGGCCACAGCUGUGCGUUGCCUGGACAUGAGUGCCUCCCGAAACAAGCUGGCCGUGGUGGAUGAAAACGACACAUGCCUUGUCUAUGACGUCCACACCAAGGAGCUGCUUUUUCAGGAAUCCAAUGCCAACAGUGUGGCCUGGAACACCCAGUGUGAGGACAUGCUCUGCUUCUCGGGGGGAGGCUACCUUAACAUCAAAGCCAGCACCUUCCCUGUGCACCAGCAAAAGCUACAGGGCUUCGUGGUCGGCUUCCAUGGCUCCAAAAUCUUCUGCCUCCAUGUCUUCUCCAUGUCUGCAGUGGAGGUGCCGCAGUCUGCUCCUAUGUACCAGUACCUGGAUAGGAAAAUGUUCAAAGAAGCCUACCAGAUUGCUUGCCUGGGUGUGACCGACACUGAUUGGCGUGAGCUGGCCAUGGAAGCCCUAGAAGGAUUAGAAUUUGAAACUGCAAAGAAGGCCUUCACCAGGGUGCAGGACCUGCGGUACUUGGAGCUCAUCAGCAGCAUUGAGGAGAGGAAGAAGCGGGGAGAGACCAACAAUGACCUGUUCCUGGCAGAUGUGUUUUCCUACCAAGGGAAGUUCCACGAGGCCGCCAAACUGUACAAGAAGAGUGGGCACGAGAACCUCGCACUCGACAUGUACACUGACCUGCGCAUGUUUGAGUAUGCCAAGGAUUUCCUUGGAUCUGGAGACCCCAAAGAAACAAAGAUGCUAAUCACCAAGCAGGCUGACUGGGCCAGAAAUAUCAACGAGCCCAAAGCCGCUGUGGAGAUGUACAUCUCGGCGGGAGAGCACGUCAAGGCCAUCGAGCUGAGCGGCGACCACGGCUGGGUCGACAUGUUGAUUGACAUCGCUCGGAAGCUGGACAAAGCUGAGCGUGAGCCCCUGCUGCUCUGUGCUCACUACUUCAAGAAGCUGGAUAACCCCGGCUAUGCUGCCGAGACCUACUUGAAGAUGGGUGACCUGAAGUCUUUGGUGCAGCUGCACGUGGAGACCCAGUGCUGGGACGAGGCCUUUGCUUUGGGCGAGAAGCACCCUGAAUUUAAGGAUGACAUCUAUGUGCCCUAUGCCCAGUGGCUGGCAGAGAACGAUCGUUUUGAGGAAGCUCAGAAAGCGUUCCACAAGGCCGGGCGGCAGGGAGAAGCUGUCCGGGUUCUGGAGCAGCUCACGCACAACGCCGUGGUGGAGAGCAGGUUUAAUGAUGCCGCCUAUUAUUACUGGAUGCUGUCCAUGCAGUGCCUCGAGAUAGCUCAAGCAGAUCCUGCCCAACAGGACUUGAUGGUUGGCAAGUUCCACCACUUCCAGCACUUGGCUGAGCUGUACCACGGCUACCACGCCAUUCAGCGGUACACGGAGGAGCCAUUCAGUUUCCAUCUUCCUGAAACCCUUUUCAACAUCUCCAGGUUCCUGCUGCACAGCCUGACCAAGGACACUCCCUUGGGCAUCUCUAAAGUGAACACACUCUUCACCCUGGCCAAGCAGAGCAAGGCGCUGGGUGCCUACAAGCUGGCCAGGCACGCCUAUGACAAGCUGCAGGGCCUGAAGAUCCCUGCCAGGUUCCAGAAGUCCAUUGAGCUGGGUAGCCUGACCAUCCGCUCGAAGCCCUUCCACGACAGCGAGGAGCUGGUGCCCUUGUGCUACCGCUGUUCCACCAACAACCCACUGCUUAACAACCUGGGUACCGUCUGCAUCAACUGCCGCCAGCCCUUCGUCUUCUCUGCCUCUUCCUAUGAGGUGCUGCACCUGGUUGAAUUCUACCUGGAGGAGGGGAUUACUGAUGAAGAAGCCGUCUCCCUCAUUGACCUGGAGGCGCCGAGACACAAGCGGGAGAACAAAUGGCAGGAGGUCACAAGCAGCAAUGCCCAGAUGCUAAGGCUGGAGGAGACCCAGGACUCCACGGGAGAUGACGACCCGUUCACAGCAAAGCUGAGCUUUGAGCAAGGUGGCUCGGAGUUCGUGCCCAUCGUGGUGAGCCGGUCAGUGCUGCGCUCCAUGAGCCGCCGGGACGUCCUCAUCAAGCGCUGGCCUCCGCCCCUGCGGUGGCAGUACUUCCGCUCACUGCUGCCCGACGCCCCCAUCACCAUGUGCCCCUCCUGCUUCCAGAUGUUCCAUUCGGAGGACUACGAGCUGCUGGUGCUUCAGCACACCUGCUGCCCAUACUGCCGGAGGCGCAUCGAUGACUCAGGCCCGUGACCCUGAGCAGCACCCUCAGGCCUGACUGCCGCCCGAAGCCGCCUUGCAGGCUCCUGCGCCGAGGGGGAGAAAGGAGUUAAGCUGAGUGUCCCCUGCCCAGAUGAAGUUUGUAUUUUUGGGAGGGACUUUGUAUAUCCUUGGAAUUCCUAUUUUUGGCUUUUCUUGCCUUGUAAAUAGCACCCAGAGAUGGGGAGAGAGUGUACAUAUAUUUUCUAAGGAAAAAAAAAAUCUGUGACUUUGAGAAGGGCUCCGAGUUUUUGUGGCAGCCUGCUCGAGCCCACAGAUCUGUCAGACCGUCAGCAUGCACGCUUGGCCCACAGAUUGCCUCAAUAACGACAAAUAAAAGGGCUACUUAUUUUCAUCAGUGUCUGCCUUUUAGCAAAUCUUCAUAUUGUCUGCAGCUUAAUUUCCUUAUGCAAAAGUGCACCUGUUUCUAAUUUGAUCUGAAAGGAACAUUACAUUUGCGUGCUCUUAAAAUUUAAUCUAAUGGAAAUGGCAAUAUGGGAAGAAGUAGGGGAGUGGGUAGUUUUUUGUUUAUUUUGGCUUAAUGGGGAUCUGUCUUGACAAGAAGAUUAGAUACCUGGCUCCAAAGAGGUGGCACAGAGGUACGGAGCCUGCUCUCCUGAGCCCACCACAUGCCCCAGCCCCUCAGCGGGGCUCUCCCCAUCCCUCCUCUCCUCAAAGAGAUGGGUUCCCCCUGAGAACCCAGUCCUGCAGCUCGAGGCGGGGAAGGCGUUGCGGGCGAGAAGCUGGGGAAGGAAAGCGCUUGCUUCUUGGGGACUUUUUCUUGGCCAGCCACAUGCCACGUGCACAUGGAGGGAGAACUAGGAUUUCCUUUGGGUUGGGGAGCAGAAGGAGCUGAGAGUGGCCCCUGUGUGUGCAUCCCUGGUGUCCGGUUCCCUUCUCGCAGCAUGCAGCCUGCCGUGAGGGAGGUGGUGAAACAGGGCUUGAUGCCAUGCCCCAGAGCAACAAGAAGCAAGAGGGCUUUAAGAGAUGGGCAGGCGCGUGUCAGGGGUUGUUUUCAAAACCACCCUUGUCUGUGAAGUGG